CCAGAAUAACAACAUUGUUUUUAGCCCUCCUUAUCUCCUCGCUCCCAAAUAUCCUGUUUCUUAGAGUUGCAUUGGCCAGAACCAAUAGAAACCUCUUCCUGCCAUUGGCUGACUUCACUUCCCAAAGUUAGCACAAUCUCAUCCGCUCCAAACAACGCUGGUAGAACCUUCAACUCACUUGUUCGCGCUCCAGAAAAAAAAGAGAAAAUAAGUCAACCGUAUUUACGACGGGACUCGAUCGAUAGUCCUGAUCGAGAAUGGCAAGCACCAUAAAGGAAGCGUUGUCGGUGGUGAGUGAAGACCAGUCGCUUUACGAGUGCGCCUACGGAACGCCGCUCCAUCCCAAGACUGAGAUGACGGCGUCGUCCGCCAGCGAGUACGGGCAGACGGCCAAGAUGAGCCCACGUGUCCACCAGCAAGACUGGCUGUCCCAGCCGCCUGCCCGCGUAACCAUCAAGAUGGAGUGCAACGCGGGCCAGGUCAACGGCUCCAGGACUCCCCCAGAUAAUUGCAGUGUGGGGAAAGGAGGGAAGGUCCCCAGUGGGGGCGAUGGUGUUCCCAUGACCUACAGCAACUACGUGGAGGACAAACACAUCCCACCCCCCAACAUGACCACCAACGAGCGCAGGGUCAUUGUGCCUGCAGACCCCACCCUGUGGACGACAGAGCACGUGCGCCAGUGGCUGGAGUGGGCGGUGAAGGAGUACCUGCUCCAUGAUGUGGACAUCUCCUUGUUCCAGAACAUCGAUGGCAAGGAGCUCUGCAAGAUGAGCAAGGAGGACUUCCAGCGGCUGACCCCCUCCUACAAUGCCGACAUCCUACUCUCCCACCUCCACUACCUCAGAGAGACUCCACUUCCUCACUUGACCUCAGAUGAUGUUGACAAAGCCUUGCAAAACUCCCCACGGUUAAUGCAUGCCCGCAACACAGGAGGUGCUAGUUUUAUUUUCCCCAACACCUCAGUGUACCCCGAUUCUUCGCCCCGCCUCCCAACUCGGCCAGAUUUAGCUUAUGAAGCAGCGAGAAGGUCAGGGUGGACACCACAAGCUGUGUCUUCCUCAAAAGGUUCCCAGCCAUCUCCUACCAUAGUCACCAAAACAGAAGAGCAGAGACCUCAAUUAGAUCCCUAUCAGAUUCUGGGGCCCACAAGCAGCAGGCUGGCAAACCCAGGGAGUGGUCAGAUCCAGCUGUGGCAAUUCCUGCUGGAGCUGCUGUCGGACAGCGCCAACUCCAGCUGCAUCACCUGGGAGGGCACCAACGGCGAGUUCAAGAUGACGGACCCGGACGAGGUGGCGCGGCGCUGGGGCGAGCGCAAGAGCAAGCCCAACAUGAACUACGACAAGCUGAGCCGCGCGCUGCGCUACUACUACGACAAGAACAUCAUGACCAAGGUGCACGGCAAGCGCUACGCCUACAAGUUCGACUUCCACGGCAUCGCCCAGGCCCUGCAGCCCCACCCGCCGGAGUCCUCCAUGUACAAGUACCCCUCAGACCUGUCCUACAUGAGCUCCUACCACGCCCACCAGCAGAAGAUGAACUUUGUCACUCCCCACCCGCAAGCCUUGCCCGUCACCUCCUCCAGCUUCUUCGCCGCCCCCAACCCCUAUUGGAACUCCCCCACCGGGGGAAUCUACCCCAACGCGCGCCACCCGGCCGCCCACAUGCCCCCUCACCUGGGCACUUACUAUUAGGCGGCUGCUGAAUCUCGCUCUCAUUGUAAAUCCAGCAGCAGGGAUGAAGGAGGCAAACUGCAAACAAAAGGCAAACAAAAAGGAAGGGGGCUUUUGUUUGGGAAGUGUAUACUCUGACAUGUAUACGAGCAGAAGUUAAACAGCGUAGACAGAGAGGGUCGGGAAAUACGUAGAAUAGGAUGUUGUUAAAGUGUAUUGGGAGCCACAAAGGUGUGAGAGUAAAAUGAAUGGAAAGAAUGAGGAUGUAGAAAACGAAAGAGAGGAGAGAUGUUGAUAUUAAAUGGCAAAUUGAGUAUUUAACUGGAAACAAGCAUUGAAUUGAUAAUGUCUGUUGCAUGUGAGUGAGCAGGGAGGUUUCAGAGGGUGAUGUAAAUCCUAUUAGAGUGGGUGGUAAACCCACCACCACAAACUAAACAAUAGCUGCAUGAACAGUUACCUAUUAUGUAUAUGUUAAAAGUAUUAAACUACCUUAUUUAAUAAAGCAAACAUAUCAAAGUCUGUCAUAGGCAAAAAGGAAAAAGGGGAGUAAACGAAAAAAAGAGAAGCUGGAUGUUGAACAGCAACUUCUGCUUAUAUGAAGAAUUCAGGAGGUGGGUUUUGGGUGGAGUGAGUUGCAGGUAAACUGUGAAGCAAACAGGGGUAGGAUGUGUUUUGAUUGGAUAGAGUGCGCAGGACAGUGCAGGACAGCUGAGCUAUAGGCCGUGGACCAGGGUGGGGGUGGGGAGGUGGGGGGGAGCGAACUUAAAGAGAAAUAGUCCAAUCAUGCUGGUGCGACUAUGUGGAAGAUGGUUGAUGACAGAAACCUGUGAGAUACUGAAGUGUAAGACGUUGAAAAUUAAGUAUUAUACCUUUGGAUAUAAACUGCCAUAUCUAUCAGUAUUAUACUUUAUAUGGCAUUGCUGAAACUAAAGGAAAAAGCCUUUUUACUUGAUUGCUAUUCUGAAAUAGAAUGGUGUGAAAAAAGGUGCAUCUUUGCAAUUAGGAAAACUGGAAUUAUGAUGAUAUGAGAAUAUUAUAGAGGACCUCAAAUCUGGAUGGGUGGGGGAGUUUUAUUGACCUGUGCCUUAUAAUAGAGAAACUCCUCCUACUACCAUAGAGAUUUCAUUUAAAAAAACAAAAAAAAAAAACAUUUUUUUCUGAGUCGCGAACGCUGUGCGUUUGUUAGAAUGAAGUAUACAAUUCAGUGUCAUAUGUCUUUUAUAUUAUAAAUAUAUAACUUAUGCAUUUAUACACUACGAGUUGAUCUCAGCCAGCCAAAGAGCCAGUUUUAAUUUCUUUUCAUAAUGGAUGUGGUGAAGGGGUGGUGGGAGUUUAUAAAACAAACCAAAGUGGAAAGGAACCUACAAUAUUCACCAAUAGUGCCUUUGGAUUUUUCAAGUUCUUCAAACUUGUUUACAAUACAAAUAAAAUCAAUAAAAAUAAAACUGAUUGUAUGCAAUAAGAUAAGCUUGGAUUGGUAUGGUAUUUAGGCCUGUUCAGUAUUAUUUUAGCUGUUAGUGGUUUAAGGAUGGGGUCUCCAGCCAGACACCUUUAAACCCAGGGAAGCAGGAAAGCCAGAACUGAGAUAUUGAAAUUGUUCACAAAG